UCUGGUGAAGAGCUUACAACUCUAAGACCCAGACCGGACUCCCCUUGCUGCAAGUAAAACUAACGGUGGCCUCUUGUCUUGUCUGAUUGUGCAUGUUGAAUUCUCUGAGCAACCAGGUUCAGACACAGGUCUGAACCUAACAGGGUACAUAUCUGCUAUCUUUAUAUAUGUUUUUAAUUAUAGUGUUAUUAAUGACGUGUGCAUACAAAGCCAUUAAAAAAAACUUUCCUCACUUUAUCUGCAGUUGUAAUGAUGUACAUUUCCCCGUUGCGGGACCAAUAAAGGAUUUUUGAUUCUGUGCAGUUGAGUGUAGUCUCCAGCAGGGAGAGCCCCUCCUACUCACCUCCCACCGAUCUGGUUCUUUUUUCUCCUCUCUCCACUUCCGGGUGAGCGGAUGUAAACAGAAGGACGUUCAGCCUGUGGAGCAGCAGCACUCAGAAACAUGACCAAACUGGAGCUACUCAACGUAUUUCUGAACGACAGACUGACGGCGGCCGCAGAGGAGAUUUUCCGCGCCGUUAAGAACACGGUGGCGGAAUACCAGAGCGAGCUGCUGCGCUCCAGGGAGGAGAGCGAGCGUCUGAAGCGGCUCCUGAAUGUGGCCGUGCAGAGGCUCCUCCUGCAGCCCGAACCUCACUCGGUCCAGCCCCCAGACGAUGAGCAGCCCUGUGAGUCUGAGUGGAGAAGCACUGUGCCACAAAUCAAAGAAGAACCAAACCUCAGAAACUAUCAAACGGACUGUUGUUCACAAGAAGCAAGCGACUCUGAGGGAGGGAACUGUAGUCAUGAAGAGCCACUCCAGAGGACACAUCCUCCAGAAACCCAAAGUGUGUGUAGCAGACAAAGUCUCUCCCCACCUCCACUAACCUCCCAGGAGAUUAAGGCGGAGAGUGACAUCAGAACACAGCAGCCAGCCAACAGCUUAACCCCCCCCAGGACUGUCCACUGCAGGGUGGGUCAGAGCCCUUCUGCUGCAAAGAGUCACCGGACUGAGAGGACAGAGCAGCAGGUGAGAGGGUUACUUCGCUCAAAUGGAAAACAGAGCAUGCACUUAAUGCAGAUCAAGAACGUCAGAUCCCUGAAGCCGCCUCCGCCCCGCUCCUCUCUCGCCAGCCAGAGCCUUCAGAGGUGGCACAGCUGCAAAGAGUGCGGGAAGGGCUUCAGCUUCGCCUGCCAGCUGGAGGUCCACAUGCGCUGGCACACCAAGGAGAAGCCGUACAGCUGUGCAGUGUGCCGGAAGAGCUUCACCACGGUCAGCAUGCUGAAGAGGCACCACCGAAUCCACACCGGGGAGAAGCCCUUCCGCUGCCAUGUCUGCGGGAAGUGCUUCAACCAGUCGGCACACCUUAACACACACUUCAGGCUGCACACCAGGGAGAGGGCUGGCUGGAGCCGAGCCCCACACUCCAAGUAAACAAUGACUCCAUACAGAGAAAUGACCACACUUCUGUAAACUUUAAGAUGUUCCUACAGCGGAAAAUUGUUUAACCAUGGGCGUCACUUUGUACGAAAAAGUGGUGGGGACACUUUUUCAGAUAAAAAAAGAAACACUACUCCAUCAAGCGCCCCCGCAAAAAGUACAUCCAUCCAUAUGCUUACAAUACCUUUUUUGACAAGUGCGGUAACUUUGCCAUGCUGCUGCAAAGCUGGUCUAACACUUGCAAUUCUCUAUUCAAUUAUUAUUCAUAUUAAACGUGGCGCAGGUCCAAUCUGCUCCACUUGGGUUACCAGAAAUACGCCCAAGUAGUCGGAACAGUCCUCCAGAUUGUACGUGUUGUUGUGUGCAAAUAAAUAAAUAAUUUCAGAACAUUUUUAACAAACUGUCCUAAUGCAAAGUGGUGGGGGCUUGUCCCUAGCGUCCCCAGUUUAAAUGACGCCUAUGGUUCGAACAACUUUUGAAUGUUCCAACAGUGUACAAUAAUAGUGUGUCUGUGUGUCCCGUCUGACGUGCAAUAAAGUGUGGUACAUUAAGAUUUCCAAUCCACUGAAAGUGUUGAAAAAAAUAAAGGACUGCUGCACUAGGUCAGUAUUUAAACUCAGUGUUAGUGAUAUUCAAAAAUCAGGUGCUGUUCAAGGAAUGGGAAAAGGUCCAAUGGGGAAAAAACAAAACAAUGUCCAGCUUAAAUGUUAUACAUGUCCUUGGGCAUGUAGGAACAUGAAAUGGUAAUACUGAAAAUGAUUAAAUAUCAACAAACAUCAUCGUGAAACAUACAGCUCCAGAAAAAAUGAAGAGACCGCUCCAAAUGUUUCUGAAAUCUUUAUCUCUACAUGUAUGGCAGCCAUUCCAGUGUCUGUUGAAUUCCAACACAGAGAAAUGUUGUCAGUAGUCAAUCAUUUAACUCAAAGACAUACGUAUAAAUAAUAAAUCAAGAGAAAAUGAUAAUG